AUGGCGGCUGUGGCUAAGGACAGGGCGAAGCAGUCGCUGACUAAAGUCACUAAGAAGCCUCCCAAGAAGCGGAGGAAAUCUUGCAAGCAGAGCUAUUCCACUUACAUGUACGGUGUGCUGACCCAGGUCCACCCUUCCACCAGGAUCUCAUCCAAGGUCAAUGAGUUUAUGAAUUCCUUCAUUGUUGACAUUUUCGAGCGCGUCGCCUCCAAGGCCUUGCACCUCACGCACCAUAACAAGUGCUGCACCAUCUCGGCCACAGAGAUCCAGAGCACCGUCUGCCUCAUUCUGCCAGGGGAACUGGCCAAACACACCGUCUCCGAAGGCAUGAAAGCAGUCACCAAAUACACCAACUCCGUUUAG